UUACUUUUUUUCCCUAUCUCUCUCUCACACCCAUCUUUCCCUCGGAACCACCAAUUCAAAACACACACAAUCCCACCAUCUCUCCCUCUCUCUCUGUCUAAGAUAUUGUAGCAGUCGUGCAUCAAACCAUACUGCAAGUGUCUGCAACCUCCUGACAAAAGCAGCUUCUUUUCUCUUCUUCUUCUAAAAAUACCUUUAAAUUUCUGUUUCAGCAUCAUCUCUGUGUUUUGUCAAUACUUCUCCCCAUACUUCCCUUUCCUUCUUUAGCAGCUUCUCUUUAAUAAAGCUUCAACAAACACAGUACUGCUGCUGCAUCAUCAACAUCAUCUACAAGAAGAGAACAAAAACACAAACUCAUAGCACCAAAUUUGCAAAACCACAAACAACAGUACUAUUAUUAUUGUUGUUGUACUCCGGUUUCCAAAAUGCUUGAAACAGUAAAAUACCUUGUUGGUUCAGUUGGAGCAAGUGGUUUCGGUUCAAGGUCCACAGCUGAUCAAGUCACUAGUGCUUGUCCUGAUCUUCGUUCCAUUACCGCCAUAAUCACAGGUGCUACGUCAGGUAUCGGAGCGGAGACUGCUCGUGUAUUAGCAAAGAGAGGAGCAAGAUUAGUUAUACCAGCACGGAGUAUUAAAACUGCUGAAGAAACUAGAGCUCGUAUAUUAAUGGAAGUUCCUGAUUCUGAGAUUAUUGUCAUGUCUCUUGAUCUCAGUUCUCAGUCUUCUGUUAGAAAUUUCGUUUCGGACUUUGAAUCUCUUAAUUUACCUCUCAAUCUUCUCAUAAACAACGCUGGAAAAUUCUCUCACGAUUAUGGAAUCACUGAAGAUGGUAUCGAGAUGACGUUCGCUACAAAUUAUUUAGGUCAUUUUCUGUUAACCAAUCUGCUGCUCAACAAGAUGAUCGAAACGGAAAAAGAAACCGGGGUUCAAGGACGGAUAGUGAACGUAUCUUCGAGUAUUCAUAGUUGGUUUUCUGGGGAUGGACUUGGAUAUCUCGAACUCAUCACUAAAAAUAAGAGCCAUUACGACGCCACACGUGCAUAUGCGCUCUCGAAGCUCGCUAAUGUCUUACACACUAAGGAACUCGCACAGAGAUUAAAGAAAAUGGAAGCAAAUGUGACAGCGAACUGUGUACAUCCAGGGAUAGUAAGAACUAGACUUACUAGAGAUAGAGAAGGAAUUGUUACUGAUCUUGCAUUUUUCUUGGCUUCAAAACUAUUAAAAACAAUUCCUCAAGCUGCAGCCACAACUUGUUAUGUAGCAACGCAUCCGAGAGUUAUAGGUGUGUCCGGGAAAUACUUCUCAGACUGCAAUGAAGCUUCACCUUCAAAACUUGGAGCAAGUGCUGGUGAAGCUUCACGACUUUGGUCCUUUUCUGAAUCCAUGACAACUCUUCACGACCAGUCUUCAUGACAAUAUCAGACUAUUGAAAAUAAUGUCUAUUAUUGUUGACAGUUGUUUUAGUGUUCCGUUACAUCAGAUUAGAUAAUAUUACAGAAUACGUACUAAAAAUAUAUAGUAAAUAAUAAAUGCAUGCAUGUAAAAAAGAGUAUGUGAAAUACCUUAUUAUAGAUGGAGAGACAGAUUGUAGUCAACUAUUCAGUCCAAAUAUACUUGUUUAUGUGAUCAGUUAUAAUUAAGUAGUUAAUCAGUUCUAUGAUAUAUUCUUCUACUUUUCUUUGUUGU